GUUGACUUGCGAGUCGAAUCCCUGUGAUGAUUAGUCGAGUGUGAGGCAGUCAACUGGAAGGUCCUCCGGAGCACUUGAGCCCGAGUUUUCUUUUGCCACUGUUAAGUUUAGAUUUAUGAUAUUUUAGUUUUAGUUAUCAUGCUGUGAUUUAGAGUUACUUACUUAAAAAAGUUCGAAAAAGUUUACAUUCGUUCGAAAGUGGUUUUGUAUCGCGUUUUUACUUAAUUCAACAAUCUUUGUGUUAAGUUUGCCUUACCAAAAGAAUUGUUAUUAACGAUGGUGAUGUGCGCACGUGGUUUGGGUUUAACGCGUGCCUCGAUAUUCUGGAACAAAUAUCAUCAACUCUUACGAAAUGAUAGGAAAUUUUCCAUUGUAAGCAGUCCCAGCGUUGGAGCAUAUCUGACAGAACAAGUCAUCGCAGCAAAACGGGCCGCAGCAAAUCGCACUCUGCACUCGAUUCACGACCGAACCCGUGCCACGAUCGCCGAACGUAGCCAGCUCAAGGAUGCGCGCCGUAUGGUGGUUAAGCUGGGCAGUGCCGUGAUCACCCGUGAGGACGAACAUGGUCUGGCGUUGGGGCGCCUUGCUUCGAUCGUCGAACAGGUCGCCGAGUACCAUGUCGAGGGCAAGGAGUGUAUCAUGGUCACCAGUGGUGCCGUGGCUUUCGGAAAGCAGAAGCUCACCCAGGAACUGUUGAUGUCGAUGUCGAUGCGAGAGACACUGUCUCCGACGGAUCAUACGCGCCAGGACGUGGGAACACUGGUGGAACCGAGGGCGGCUGCGGCUGUCGGUCAGUCCGGGUUGAUGUCGUUGUACGAUGCGAUGUUCGCUCAGUACGGAAUCAAAGUGGCACAGGUGCUGGUAACGGAACCGGAUUUCUACAAUGAAGAGACUAGGAGAAAUCUUUUCAGUACGUUGUCGGAGUUGAUUAGCUUGAACAUUGUUCCGAUCAUCAACACGAACGAUGCCGUCAUGCCACCGAUGUUCGUUGUUGAUAAGGAGGUCUCCGGAAUGGGCAAGAAAAAGGGUAUCAAGAUCAAGGACAACGACAGCUUGUCUGCACUGUUGGCAGCGGAAAUUCAUGCAGAUUUACUGAUUCUGAUGUCGGAUGUUGAUGGGAUCUACAAUAAGCCACCGUGGGAGGAGGGUGCACGGUUGAUGAGUACCUACACUUCAGCCGAUAAGGAAUUGAUCAAGUUUGGACAAAAGUCCAAGGUCGGAACCGGUGGAAUGGACUCUAAGGUUAACGCAGCUACGUGGGCACUUGAUCGUGGAGUCAGUGUUGUCAUCUGUAACGGUACACAAGAACGAGCGAUCAAACUCAUUUUGACUGGGCGCAAAGUGGGAACAUUCUUUACCGAAUCUACGGCAGAAAAGGCAGCACCCAUUGAGCAUCUGGCGGAGGAAGCUCGUAGCGGUAGCCGAGUUUUGCAGAAUCUGUCUGCCAGCGAUCGAGCACUUUGUGUGAACACUCUUGCUGAUCUACUGAUCUCCAAGCAAUCAAAGAUUCUGGAAGCCAACGCAAAAGAUCUGGAUAUCGCGAAAAGGUCGGGCCUUGCAAAACCACUUCUAUCCCGAUUAUCUUUGACUCCAGCUAAAAUUGAAAGUUUAGCUGUAGGACUGAAGCAGAUCGCUGACGAUAGCCACAAGAAUGUUGGACGCGUUAUUCGUCGAACCAAGCUGGCCGAUGGAUUGGAAUUGAAGCAGGUCACCGUUCCGAUAGGUGUGCUGUUGGUUAUAUUCGAAUCAAGACCUGACUCUCUGCCACAAGUAGCGGCCUUGGCGAUGGCAUCCGGUAAUGGAUUACUGCUCAAAGGUGGCAAGGAAGCGGCCAACAGUAAUAAGGCACUGAUGGAACUGGUCAAGGAAGCUCUGACCACGGUAGGCGCUGCUAAUGCAAUCUCUUUGGUGUCCACUCGCGAAGAAAUCAGUGAUCUUCUAUCCAUGGAUCAACACAUCGAUCUGAUCAUCCCACGAGGUUCUAGUGAAUUGGUUCGCAGCAUUCAGGAAAAAUCGCACCAUAUUCCGGUUAUGGGUCACGCCGAAGGAAUCUGUCAUGUGUACGUCGACAAGGAGGCAAACUUGGAGAAGGCAUUGAAGAUCGUGCGUGAUUCCAAGUGUGAUUAUCCGGCUGCUUGUAAUGCCAUGGAGACACUGCUUAUCCACGAGGAUUUGUUGUCGGACGGAAACUUCUUCACGGAUGCUUGUAACAUGCUAAAACGGGAAGGUGUCAAAAUUAAUUCCGGACCUAAGCUACAUCAACAGUUAACUUUUGGUCCUCCACCGGCCAAGUCAAUGAAGCACGAAUAUGGCGCUCUGGAGUGCACUAUUGAGGUGGUGAAAAAUCUAGAAGAAGCUGUUGAACAUGUUCACACAUACGGAAGCGGUCACACCGAUGUCAUAGUGACGGAAAAUGACAAAUCGGCUCGGUACUUCCAGAGUCAUGUGGACAGUGCUUGUGUUUUCCACAAUGCUAGCAGUCGGUUUGCCGACGGAUUCCGGUUCGGAUUGGGGGCCGAAGUUGGAAUAUCUACUGCCAGAAUUCAUGCCCGAGGUCCGGUUGGUGUGGAAGGGCUACUAACGACAAAGUGGAUUCUGAACGGGGUAGAUCAUGCCGCCGCUGACUUCAAUGAUGGAUCGCGCAAAUGGAUCCACGAGUCGAUGCCCAUCGACUGACUCGAGCGACUGCUGGAAAUCAUUUUCAGUAGGUUUAAGCAUUUGUAGAAACUCAAUUCGCCUAUCAAUUCAAUAGUUGUAAUAACCUGUUUUUUGUUCAAUUAUUUCUUCUUUGUUAGAGUAGUACCCAUCAAACGGAAAGCACGUCCCAAUAAAUGAAACAAAAAAUCAGUACAAGCACGUGGUUUCCAUUGAACAUAUAAUUUUCCCAUUAGCAAUUUUGAAUUUGUGUUACAUGGAAUUAAUCAUCAACAAUCGCCUGCACUUGCAAAACAUUGCCGAUUCCCUGAAACAAUUAGUUGAUUGCUGGUAAUAAUUUAUUGAGUGAGCAGCUGGUA